AUGUCUUUCCUCGCCGUCCCCCUCUUGAAGCUGGGCUUCUCCCAAGCCAAAAAGUACAAAGCCAAGCGCGACGCUCAAAAGAACCAAGACGCAGGCGUCUACCCCCCAAACUACCAAACCGACGACUACCCACUCAGCGGCUACCCACCCGGCGCCGUCCCAGGCACAACAGUCGACUACACCGAAAGCAAAGGCUCCAAGCUCGCCUUCAUGCUCUCAGCCACCCUCCGCUUCCUCCAAUUCGUCUUCGGUCUCACCGUAAUCGGCCUCUACGGCCGCGACGUCCACCACGACCAUUCCCACAACCACGAAACGCAUUCUCAAUGGGUCUAUGCCCUCGUCGCAGCCUUCUUGGCUACAACAACCGCCCUCGUGAGCCUCGUCAAACCGUUCAUCAUGCGCAAGCUCAAAGUGGCCUCGAAUCCGGCCCUGCUUCUCCCGCAGUUCGUCUGGGAAUUCGUUCUGUGUGUCCUGUGGUUGGCGCUUUUCGGUGUCUUUGGGAAGAUGUAUAUUGGUGUUCAUCCGAAGGAGGACGCUGCUGAUGCUUCGAAGAUCAAUCGUAUGCGCCAUGCUGUUUGGAUUGAUGUUAUUAAUUUGGGUUUCUGGGUUAUUUCUGCUUCGUGGGUUUUGGUGCGCUGGUUGAAGAGUCGGAAGGGCGCUGCUGUUGAUGUGGAGAAGGGGGAGAUUUAG